UCAGGUUUUAACCUAUGAGCGAACACCCCGGAAGAAUGACUAACAUGAACAAUGAUUUCGCGGUGUCUGAUCAAUCUGCUCCUGUUCAGACCCGGCCAGAUUCAUCUCCCUCCGAUCGUGACAAACAAAAAAAGUACGGAUUUGCAGCCCCACAGAGACCAUUUGGAAAAAUGAGUGUGUUUUAUCUGCACAGGCUCCAUAUAAACACGGCUGUAGCGGUGUUCGUGCUGUGCGCGGUUCACUGCUGUCAAGCGCUCAACUUGGAUGUGAAGUUUCCAGUCGUCAAAGAGGGGAAAACGGCAGGCAGUUUAUUUGGACUUUCGGUUGCACUUCAUGAACAGUUUGUAAAAGAACAGAGAUACCUACUUCUUGUAGGAGCACCUAAGGAGAAGGCGGAGUCUGGACUGCCAGCAAAUGAGACUGGAGAUAUGUAUGCCUGUCCAAUCACAACAGAUCCCAAAGACUGUAAAAGACUGAACCUUAUUAAAUCAAAUCUUGAAGACAAAUCCGAUCCUAACAUAGAGGUAAUUGAUGGAAUGUGGUUAGGUGUGUCUGUCGCCAGUCAGAGUAAACCGGGUGGUCGUGUAUUGGCGUGUGGCCAUCGUUACAUUCGGAACAUGUCGUCCAUCUACCGCAUGAUUGGAAGAUGCUACAUUCGUGGAAAUGAUUUCCUGUAUGACGAAAAGGACCAUCAGUGGCAGUUACAUGAAGAGAUGUGUGACCCCAGUAGUACUAUGGAAAAUGAGGGCAUGUGUCUUGCUGGUAUGUCUUCAGCCUUCACGCAGAAUGAGAUCAUCCUUGGCUCACCUGGAUGCUACAACUGGCAGGGGAAUGCGUUUCUGAAAUGGCAUAGCCCUGAUGAUGUUUAUACUACAAUAAAGAGCAAGUUUCCAAAUUUUCAAGAUCAAGCAAAUAUUUACAUUGGUUAUUCUGUAGCUACGGAUCAAGGCAUAUUAAGCAAAGAGAAAUACACAGUUGUAACAGGAGCACCAAGGGACAAAGCCAAAGGAUCAGUGAUGAUGGCCGAGUCACAAACCAGUACCAUUGGAGGAAACCUCAUAUUACAAAGCACUCUCAAGGGGGAGCAAGUAGGAUCUUAUUUUGGCAAUAGCAUUGCUAUUGUGGAUCUUAACAAUGACAGUUGGAAGGAUUUGAUUGUUGGAGCACCUUUUUAUUUUGACCGGAAAAAACUUGAAGGCGGGGCGGUGUAUAUCUAUAUGAAUCAGAAUGGAGUUUUCCGUGACAAAGCCGACUUGGUCCUCUAUGGAUCUAAAGACUCUGCCUUUGGAAUGGCUGUUGUGGCUAUCGGUGAUGUUAACCAGGAUGGCUUCCGAGAUUUUGCUGUUGGUGCUCCAUAUGAUGGGAAUGGAAAAGGCAGUGUGUCUAUAUGGUUGGGUAACAAAAACGGCAUAUCUCCCAAGCCUAGUCAGGUCAUUUAUGGAAAAGAUAUCCCAGCUGCUGGCUUCCAGACAUUUGGCUAUUCCAUCAGCGGUGGUUUGGAUGUGGACAAGAACAGUUACCCAGAUAUCGUGGUUGGAUCAUUAGAUGAUCGCGUGGUUUUGCUUAGGGCCCGUCCAGUGAUUCACCUGAAGAAGACUUUCACUGUGACACCAGAGAUUAUUGACCCCAAUAACUGUGAUGCCUGUAUUAAGGCAGUAAUCUGUCUCUCCUACACACUAAGUACUGGCAGUACCAGUUCCCAGAAGAGUAUUACUUUUCAGUAUACAGUGGAAGCCGAUGCGUUUCAACGGAGUCCACGCGUUCGUUUCCUUGACAACAAAGAGGGCAGAAUGUCCGUUAAUCCGUCUGGUGAAUGUCGUACUCUGAAGCUCGAGCUGGUGUCCAAGACGAUCCAAGACAAAGUGGCUGCAAUAGUUUUCUCCCUGACCUUGGCUUUGGUGGAACCUCCGCCCUCAGCUGGAGGGUCGGUGGAGGACCUCAGUCCAUUUCCUGUGAUCAGCCAGAAGGAAGCUCUGAUUGGCAAAACCGAGAUUCACAUUCUGAAAGCCUGUGGAGAGGAUAACAAAUGUGAGAGCAACCUUCAAAUGACGGCUGUGUACACAGAUGAGCAGAACAGGCCGUUUCCCACGCAGGACGGCAAGCAAAUGUUUCAGUACACUACUGAAGUAAAGAAGUUGAGGUUGAUGAUAAAUGUGACCAACACUAAAUCAGGAGACAAGAUAGCAGAAAAUGCUUACAGUGCUCUUCUAAAUGUCACUAUUCCCCCUUCGCUCAGCUUCUCUAGUCUGAGCCCAAAGGAUUUGAGUGUUGAGGCGUCUCCUGAUGCGCCUUAUCUUCUGUGCAGACUUGGAGACCCUUUUAAAACCGAUCAGAGGGUUGAGAUUGAGAUCACCUUCGAAACGACAGGAAUCACGAUAGACACGGAGAAGAUUGGGACCGAACUGCAGCUCUCAACCCAGAGCGAUCAGAAUGAUCUAUGGCCUCUUUCAAGAGUGCUGAUGGUGGAGUACAACCUACGGCCUACCUUUAGUGUCGUUCCUUAUACGUACAGGGCAGAAUUCAGUGGCAAAGUAGUUGGGGAAUCAGCCAUAAAAUCCACCAGAGAUAUCGGAAGCCCAGUGGAAUUUAACAUUACGGUGGCCCUUUCAGGGAAACCUCUUUCAGAAAAUCUGGGUUAUCUAGAAGUGAUCUUUCAAUGGCCUUAUGCAGUGGCUAAUGGAAAGUGGCUACUUUAUCUGACAGAAAUCCAGAUGACAGGAACCUCCAAACCGUUCUGUGUUCCUGCAGGAAGCAUCAUAAAUCCCUUACAUUUUUUAGUGUCAGAUCGUGAGUCUAGAAGGAGAAAAAGAGACGAGGCCUCCGUUGAGGCCGAAGUAUCCGAGCCAAAGGCCUCACUGAACCCACGGGGUGUCCCCAGGAAAACUGUCCGCCUGGACUGCACCACAGGUACUGCUCUCUGUCAAACCUUUACCUGCCCUCUGCGAGACAUGAAGAGCAAAGCCACACUCACUGUCAGAGCACGAUUAUGGAACAGCACCAUGCUUGAGGACUACACUGCUGCGACAGUAUCUGUACACGCCAAUGCCACUCUGAGUUUAAAAACAGACAAAGCUACCAUCAGGAUGAUCAAUGACACCCGUGAGUUCACAGUAGCUAUAGAUCCUGCAGUGACAGAAGAUCUUCCAUAUGAAGCACCGCUAUGGAUUAUCAUUGUGUCUGUCCUGGCAGGAGUGCUGCUCCUGGGUCUGAUUGUCAUUCUCUUAUGGAAGAGUGGAUUUUUUAAGCGCGCUGCCCAUUUCCACACUUUGCAGAAAUAUCAAGGAGUGAGGAUAAGUAAGAACGAACAGUACCAGGUAAAUCAGGGCUUUUUGAUCGUUGACCCCAAGAAGAAACACUGGAUCACAAGCUGGACCGACAACAAGCAGUUUUACUGAUGAAAGCGCUCUAAUGCAGAAGUCUUUAGAGAAGGUUUUGUCUUCGAAAAUCAAUGCAACUCUUAUUCGAUUUGGUUUGAACUUUGUCUGGAAGCCACGUAUAAUUAAUCCAAACAGAACUGUACAAACUGUUGUUUAUUUUCUUCCUGUUUUAUGUAUGCUGGUCUGCUACCACCUUUGAUUUUCUUUCUUUGGCAUUUAUCUCUGUGAGGAUUUGUACAUUACGUGCCCUAACUAAAUAUAGCGUUGUACUUUCUCUUCAGAAUUUCUCGAAAUCUGUUAUGGUCAUUUAUGACUCACUCUUCUUUUGUGCCUCUGUUUUGUUGUUCGGUUCUUGCUUUAUAUAUUUUAUCAAGAUUAUCAUCUUACAUCAUGUUUACGUGAAACAACACUGGGUUUAUAAAAAGUCAUCAUUUUUGAUAACAGCAAACUAUAUUCUUGAAUGUUUAUCGUGUCAUUCAGAGGACAGUAAGAUACAAAAAUAUUCACAGUAUGCAGUUGAGACUGCUCUCAAACAGAGCUUGUUUUAGCUCCAAUCUGAUUUCCUCUGGGCUUUAUUGUUCUCGGCUUCUGAUCUUUUUUCAGUGAAUUUCUCACUCAAGCUUUUGUAUAUCUUGUAUGUGUCAGAGUGAAAAUGUGAUUCUUCAAUUUGUCUUCUUAAAUGACAGUAAAAUUGUUGUAACCUGACUUUUGUGGAUGAGAUGUUGAAACAGUGAAUUAUUAUUUUUGUAUUUAAAACAAAAUGUUUUAUAAAUUAAAUGGCUGUUUACA